CAAUUAAAACGAUUUAAUUACACUGAAAAGUUUGGACUCUCUCUGAAACAAAUUUUGCAUUCGAGGGUUGUUUUGUCAAAAGCUGAAAGUGAAAGAAAAUGUCUGGCGAGGAGCACAGCCUGUCCGAGGCGGAACUGAGUCCGGGAGGGUCAGACGACGGUCACUCGCUGUCACCGACUCAACCCGGAGCGCCACCCGGCCAGGACUCACCUCUGACCGGCCCGCCGCCGCAGUUGGCCGCGCUCUGUGUCGCGGAUGGAAGCGGAGACGAUGGAGGCAGAUCCGGAGUCAAAUCAGAGGAAGAGGACGAUCGCUUCCCGAUCGGUAUCAGGGAGGCGGUUAGUCAGGUGCUGGACGGAUAUGACUGGACACUUGUUCCUAUGCCGGUGCGCGUAAACAACGGCAACAAAGCAAAACCCCACGUAAAGAGGCCCAUGAACGCUUUUAUGGUGUGGGCGCAAGCGGCGAGGAGGAAACUGGCAGAUCAGUACCCUCACCUGCACAACGCGGAGCUCAGCAAAACCUUGGGCAAGCUGUGGAGGCUGCUGAACGAGAACGACAAGAGGCCAUUCAUCGAGGAGGCGGAGAGGCUGAGGAAACAGCACAAGAAGGACUACCCGGAGUACAAGUACCAGCCCCGGAGACGCAAAAACGGCAAACUAACGACUGCUAGUGAGUCCGAUAGCCAGGGGGAAGGGGAGGCCAGCCACUCCCAGUCACACUACAAAACCCUGCAUCUGGAGCACAACGGCGGGGCUGGAUCUCCCCUGGGUGACCUGCACCACCACCACCAUCACCACCACCAUCCUGCUGGCCAGGGUCACAGCCCACCCACACCCCCCACCACCCCAAAGACAGAGCUCCAGUCUGGGAAACUGUCAGAUGCCAAGAGGGAGGGGGCAGCAGGAGCGGCCGGAGGAUCAGGGGGGUCCAGGGGAACCCUCGGGGUGGGAGCUGAAGGGGCAUCCGGUGGUCCGUCAUCAUCGAGCGCUAAACCACACAUCGACUUUGGCACCAUGGACAUCGGCGAGAUCAGCCACGAGGUGAUGUCCAACAUCGAGCCAUUUGACGUGAACGAGUUUGACCAGUACCUUCCUCCAAACGGCCACCCACAGAGUGCAACUGGGGCCCCCGCAGCCGGAUCCUCGGCCUCGUCUUACGCCUACGCCCUGGCUGCUGCUAGCGGGCACUCCGCCUGGCUCUCCAAACAGCAGCAGCAGCCUCAGGCCUCUCCAUCUUCCUCUGACCCCUCCAAGGCCCAGAUCAAGAGCGAGUCUGGGUCCGGGAGCCACUACGCCGAGGCCUCGUCCUCUCCCUCCUCAGGCACCCACGUCACCUACACCCCACUCAGCCUUCCUCAUUAUGGCUCUGCUUUCCCCUCGCUGGCCUCCAGGGCUCAGUUUGAGUAUGGGGAGCAUCAGGCCCCUGGGGCAUACUAUGCCCACUCCAGCCAGGCCCCAGGGCUGUACUCAGCCUUCUCCUACAUGGGCCCUACACAGAGGCCUCUGUACACUACCAUAGGAGACCCCUCCAGCGUGGCCCCCUCUCACAGCCCCACACACUGGGAGCAGCCUGUUUACACCACACUCACAAGACCUUGAGGGAGAACAGCUGAGCAGAGGGAAAUAUGGGAAGUGUGCGAGUGGAUCUGUGUGUGUGUGUGUGUGCAAAUAUGUGAGUGUGUGUGUGUGUGUGUGUGUGUCCGUGCCAUAUUGAUG